AUGUCAGAAUCAACAGGUGCGGAAGAAAAGAGGCAACUAGGCAAAUCCUCCAUAGAGCCACAUUCAAAUGCGUCAUCUACUGGAUGGCACGAUGAAGAGAAGGCCCAGGAUGACACACGACAAAAUUCGAUCGCACAGGAUUCCAACAACACGAAUGAUCUACAACACAUAGAAUCGCAAUCACUGGCAGGAUCUCAGCUGCCACCACCGCCUGAUGGUGGUCUUCACGCAUGGUUGAAAGUCUUUGGUGGCUUUUUGGUGUACAUCAACAUUUGGGGUUUCACUCUCGCUUAUGGCACCUUCCAAUCCUACUACACUUUCACGCUACUUCCCGAUCAGUCACCAUCGUCGAUAUCGUGGAUCGGUACUGUUCAAGGCUGGCUGCUAAUUGUAGUCGGAGUCUUGUCAGGUCCGUUGUUCGACCUCGGCUAUUUCCGCUCUAUGCUCUACAUUGGCAACUUUUUAAUCGUGUUCGGCAUCAUGAUGCUCAGUCUCUGCAGGACCUACUGGCAGGUCUUCCUCGCUCAAGGCAUCUGCAUGGGUUUGGGCGCUGGCCUGUUAUACAUUCCGAGUCUUGCGCUAGUAGGUAUCUGGUUUGAGAGGAGACGCGCGAUGGCACUGGGUAUUGUGAUGAGCGGUAUCGCUGUCGGCGGCGUGAUUUACAUCAUCAUGUUUGACCAACUUAUCCACAAAGCCGGCUUCCCCUGGACAAUCCGCGCGAUCGGCUUCGUCUCUCUCGGCUGCGCUCUGCUGUCGUUCCCCGCCCUCCUUUCUGGAAGUGGCAUGCUUGCUCGCCCGCGCAAAAGACGCGCCCUCUUUGACAAUUCCGCUGUCAAAGACAAGCUCUUCCUUCUCUUCACGUUAUGCACGUUCUGCAACUUCCUCGGCUACAUCGUCCCGUACUUCUACAUCCCGACAUUUGCCCAGCAGAAAUUGGGUUCGAGUCAAAGCGUGUCGCUGUACAUGCUCAUCGGCGCGUUGGCCGGGAGUUUCUUCGGUCGCAUUGGAAGCGGGCUUUUGGCGCAUUACCUGGGGAGCAUUGUUACGUGGGCUCUGUGUUCCUUCACCAGUGGUAUUUUGGCGCUUUGCUGGAUUAGUAUUGAUACACAGGCAUCGUUCAUUGCAUUUAGCGUUUUCUGGGGUUUCCUGUCCGCCGCACUUGUUACGCUUCCUUCAGCUGCGUUUGCAAAUAUCUGCCCGGAUAUGUCGCGGCUCGGUACCCGCCUGGGCAUGUCGUGGAGUGUAUCCAGUAUAGCUACCUUGAUCGGGUCGCCGAUAGCUGGUGCCCUGCUCAGAACGAAGCCGAAUGGAGAGACGGACUUCUUGGGUCCACAGCUUUGGUCUGGAAUAUGUCUUCUGGUCGCAUCGGGAUGCUUGUGCGUCUUGUGGGUUGUUACCAAAAAGAAACUGAAUAAAGGAUGGCUGAUCUAG